AUGCAUUCCACAACAAUCAUCACCAUGAUCGCAGCCAUCGCUUCUGCAGUCUCUGCGUCACCCGCUAAGCAGCCUGCUCCCGUGGCAAAGGUGGCGCCUGACAGCAACCUCGCCGUUGUCGUCGUCGGCGCAAUCUUGGGGUCGGGAUAUAAGCAAUCUACAACUCCUGUCCGUGUCUCCUUCGGCAAGCUUACACACUUCGAUAAGCUUCCCAUCAGCUCACUCGAAGUCAGGGGAGUUAUGGUGGCGGGUGAUGGACUUCCUGUUCCGAAGGACGACAAGGUCAGGUGCCGUCGCUACAAAGAUCAGUACGGUCUCCAGCUUGGUAGCUUGGAAUUUAAAAAGGGAAAGCCUGCUCUCAUUUCUACCAAUUCUGUGGACUUUGGAUGGGUUUUGUGCCGCGUUGAGGAGUAA